AUGAAAAAAAUGAAUGGUGGAAAAAAACAGCCAUUUGUUCCUGCAGUUGUCACGAUAGAAUUUAGAAUUCAAAAAAGAAAUCAAAGUACAAAUUUUAUGUAAUUUUUAUAAUUAGUUACGGAUUUGAUUUAAGCUAAUUCUUUACUUAAAGAGAUAAAUGAGCCAAUAAUUUUAGCCAGAGUUAAGGAAAUUGAAAAUACGAUUUUUUAAGAACAUGGAAUUAAUGUUCAUUUAUACAGCAGUAAAAUUGAAAAGGCUGUUUCUUUCUUUAAAGGAAUAAAUUAAAAUAAUUAUAUAAAUAUUGCUUAAAAAUUAAAAAAGUAAGAGCUUAAGGCUAAAUCAAUCUUCAAAUUAUUAGAAAAGAAGAAAUAACUAAAAGACUACGAUUAAUAAAUUUUAAAUAAGUCUCUUUAGAAAUCAGAAUAUGAUCCUCUGAAUACUAACUAAAUUAGCGCAAAACAAACCCUAUUAGUGGCAAAUAAAAUAACAAUUAUAAAAACAAAAACUUCAACUUCAGAUUAGAAGGGAAAUUUUGCUGCAAAACCAAAUAUGGUUUUUGCAGAUUAAAUUCUGCCUAUAGAACCAAUUUAAGAGAAAAAAGUAAAAAUAUAAAAAAGUGAAGAAGAUGAUGAAAUUGAUAUAAGAAUAAAUGAUGGUAUACAAGGAGCUGCAUAAAUAGGAGUUUUUUGUUCAAAAUAAAUAAUCUUAAUUGACAACAAAGUUAAAAUACCAAUAGUUCUUUUAGUUUAAUUUUCUCCAUAAUACAGAGUACUAUGUGAUAGAAUUGAUUUUUCUAAGCUUCAUAGUGCAAAAGAGACUAUUUCUUUUUUAUCUUCAAAUCUCGAAAGAAAGAUUGUUUUUGGUUAAGUUGUAUUGAGGCCAUGUGAAUAUAUUAAAAACCUAAGAGAAUUAAGUUAAAAACUGAUAAAAUAGGAUAAAAUAGUAGCUUAAAAAUUUGAUAAAGAUAAUUCAUCUUUCUUAAUAUUACAUAAAAAUCAAUUAGAAUAAAUUCUCAAAGCAAGGAAAUAGAGUCUAGCAUUUGAUGCUUCUGAUAUGGUUAUAAAAGAAUGGGCAAAAACAUCAUCUUAUUUAGAAUGGUGGGCAUUGAAUAAAUAAGAUCACAAUCUUCACUUUCUCAUAUCAUAUAAAAGUUUAACAAGUUCAAGUGAUCAGAAUUAUGAUAAAGUAAUACUCUAAAAACCUUCAAGUUAUCCUUAAAUUUAACAAACAAUUGAUUCUUUAAUAUAAAAGAAAGAUAUUGAUGAUUUAUUGUAAGGGUUUCUUUAGACAGAUUUAUCAUAAAUUGCAUUCCCUUUGGUUGGUGAUAUGAUCUAAGAAUAAAAUAUUAUAUAAUAAGUUGAAUAGCAAAUUCAAGAAGAAGUUGAUAAAAAUUAUAAGAGUUAAAAUGAAGAAGAGCUAAAAAAUAAGCUAGAGGACAAAUCUAAAACUAAUAGGAUUAACGGAUAGGAAUAUAAAGAAGUAUAUUUCAAUAUUAAAAUAUCCGAUUUAACUCUGUAAUUAUCAAAGGACGACUAUUUCUGA